CGGGCCAUGGCCGGGCCGGGCGGCGCGGAGCUCAUCGAGCUGCGGGAGCUGGAGCCGGAGGCGCGGCCGGGCCGGGGCCGCCUGGAGCGGGCCAACGCGCUGCGCAUCAGCCCGGCGCGGCGCCCCCCCGCCGCCGCCCGCGACCCGCGGCUCACGGCGGCGCCGGGCGCCGGGCACCGCUUCCAGCCGCGCCGCCGCGGGCCCCACACCUGGUGCGACCUGUGCGGGGACUUCAUCUGGGGCGUGCGCAGGAAGAGCCUCCAGUGCCUGCACUGCAGCUUCACCUGCCACUACCGGUGCCGGGCCCUGGUGCGGCUGGAGUGCAGCGGCCCACCGGAGCCCGGGAGCGAGCCCGACGAUGCCCUCGAGCAGGCGGUGGAGCAGGACACCAACGUGGAUGAGCAGCCGAGCGAGCGGGAGACGCCGGAGCUCGACCGGGCGCAGGUGGAGCAGAAGAUCCGGGAAUACAACAGCCAGAUCAACAGCAACCUCUUCAUGAGCCUGGGCAAGGACGGCUCCUACACGGGCUUCAUCAAGGUGCAGCUGAAGCUGCUGCGUCCCGUCUCCGUGCCGGCGGGCAAGCGGGCGGCGCGGGCGCCCGACGGCAGGCCGGGGCCGCGCGCCCAGGCCGCCCGGCGCCGCGCCUCCUUCUACCUGCCCCGGGACACCGCCAAGCACCUGCACGUCGUCUCGCACACGCGCGCCGGCGAGGUCAUCGCCGCCCUCCUCAAGAAGUUCAUGGUGCUGGACGACCCCCGCAAGUUCGCCCUCUUCGAGCGGCGCGAGGACGGCGAGCAAGUGUCCCUGCGCAAGCUGGCGGAGCACGAGCAGCCGCUGCGGCUGCGGCUGCUGGCCGGCCCCGGCGAGAAGGCGCUCAGCUUCGUCCUGAAGGAGAACGACAGCGGCGAGGUGAACUGGGAGGCCUUCAGCGUGCCGGAGCUGCAGAACUUCCUGCGCAUCCUGCAGCGGGAGGAGGAGGAGCGCCUGCGGCAGGUCCGCCGCAAGUACGCCCGCUGCCGCCAGAAGAUGCAGGAGGCGCUGGCCGCCCGUGCGCCGGCCUGGUGCGCGGUGCCCGCGCCCGGCGCGCUCCAAUAAAGGCGUCUGCGGAUGUGG